AUGACGGCCGUCAAUGUGUACAGUACGAGUGUGACACUGGAGAACUUGAGCAGACAUGAAAUUCUGGCUUGGGUGAAUGACAGUUUGCAGGCAAACUACUCAAAGAUUGAAGAACUCUGCUCUGGUGCUGCUUACUGUCAGUUCAUGGAUCUUUUGUUCCCCGGUUCAGUUGUUUUGAAAAAGAUAAAGAUGAACUCGAGCCUGGAGCACGAGAGUAUCAACAAUUUCAAGGCCCUGCAGGGAGCCUUCAAGAAAACUGGGGUUGAUAAGAUCAUUCCUGUUGAAAAAUUAGUGAAGGGUCGUUUCCAGGACAACUUUGAAUUUGUCCAGUGGUUCAAAAAAUUUUUUGAUGCUAAUUAUGCCGGUCAGGAAUAUGACCCAGUAGCAGCAAGGGGGGGUGAGACUUUAGGCCCCUUGGGUGGUGGUGGAGCCCGCAAAACUACACACGCUGCUGGUGGCUUAAGCAAGGGCUACAACAAACCACAAUCUUCUGCUUCAAGUAAAACUGCCUUGGUCAGUAAAGGUCCUGGCACUCCGCCAGGUAGCAAGGUCAAGCUUUCAUCAUCAGCCACUAAUGCCCAACAGCAUCACAGAGGUCAAGGUGACUCUGUCAAGGUUGAGGAACUUGUACAACAGGUGGCAGAGUUGACAGCAAACAACGAGAUAAUAAGUAAGGAGAGAGAUUUUUACUUUUCGAAAUUACGAGACAUCGAGAUCGUCUGCCAGGAGCACGAGAAUGACGACAUUCCUUUCGUUAAACAACUUCUCGAGAUACUAUAUGCUACUGCUGAUGGUUUUGAAGCAGCUGACGGUGAAGAAGUUGCCGAGGAAUAUUAA